GCGACGACGAGCAGCUCUUGCCCACCGCGCCGGCCGAUAUGGCUUUCUUUGCAAGGCCUCAGUCUGCUAAUGCUGCUAUUAAAAUUGUUGCGCCCACCAAUAUUGCAGAAGCUCAUUCGCGAUUGGCAUCUAAGAAGGACAACACGCAACGACAGUGUAGAAAUAUACUCAUAUAUGGAUCCUGUAAGUUUGAAGAUAAAGGUUGUGUUUACUAUCACCCGCCGCGUGCAUCCACGCCGCCGCCGCUUCCUCAAUCUCAACCGACCACGCCAUCGAACCCAUCGCUCUCCCAGGCUGUCAACGCACCUGUAUUCGUACCAAAGUCUUCCACGCUCCCUACCUCUCCAACUCCUCCAUAUGCGCAGGCGCGAACCCCGACAUCUGCUUUCACAUCGCCCACCCUCGACGCCACAGAAUACGACGACAAUGACCAUUACGAUGCCUCGAACUAUUAUAACCACACUGAGGAAGGCGACGCGGACCUAUUGACGGAUUCCAUGCAAUAUAUGGACAUUGGUACCUACGACAUGCAGGAUGCGGAAGGACAAAUGAUGAUGCCCCCGGAGUAUGAUCCUCAUAACUACUACGCGAGCUAUCCCGCGCAACCCACCUUCAUUCGUCAACCUCUCCAUUAUCACUUAUACACCCACCCGCCACCGAACGCCGCCCCCACUUCUCAUUACGUCUCACCCGACCUCAGGGCAGACCUUACGCAGCGUUCGGAGACACUUCUUACUCUCCCCGCACCAGGGCUCAAUCUUCCCGAGGAAAUUCAAGGGUACCACACACUUGUGCCUUUGGAGAACACGGGAGGUGAGAGGAGGAAGUUUGGAAACUGGUAUAGCACCGUCUAUAGGGCCAUCGGAAAGGAUGGCAAGGGUUAUGUUCUCCGACGCGUUGAGAACUUCCGCUUGUUACACCAGGCAGCUUUCGCAGCGGUUGAUCAGUGGUCUCGCAUGCGCCAUCCGAACAUCGUCCAUCUCCAUGAAGCCUUCACCACUCGUGCUUUUGGUGAUAGCUCCCUUGUCGCCGUUUACACCUAUCAUCCGAACUCUCUCACCCUCUAUGAUGCUCACAUCAAGCCGAAGGCCCCAUCCUUCCAGAAUGGACGUCUUCAAAGCGCACCCAUUCGGGUACCAGAAGAUGUCCUGUGGUCCUAUAUCAUCCAGAUCGCCAGCGCGAUGAAGAAAGCUCACGAAACCGGGAUGGCGCUCAGGAUGGUUGAUGUCACGAAGAUCAUCGUCACAGGCCAUAAUCGGAUUCGCAUCAGUGCCUGUGGUCUGGCCGAUAUUCUCACGUAUAAUCCCGCCACAGCUCCAACUCCAACCCAGCAAACUUCAUUCACAGCGCCCCUUUCCACCUCUGCACCCCUCGCGGCCGUCGGCACCCCUCAAGCUCCCGGGGCGCCAGGUGCAUCCAACGCAGGUCUCUUGAGCAGCAUGCUGCAACAAGAGGAUCUGGUCAUGUUCGGGAGGCUCAUAUUUGGACUGUGUUGCUCCAACAUGGCGGCGGUAAAUAAUUUGCCGAAGAGCCUGGAGACGAUGAGCAAGCAUUAUAGUGCAGAUAUCAAGAAUGUGGCUUUGUUUUGCUUCAGUAAGGUUGGAGUCCAUAAGCAUGUGGGUCAGAUUUUCGAGAUGAUCAACCCGAAGUUGGUGCAUGAGCUGGACGAACUGCAGCAUGGUGUCGAGCAUCUCGAAAACGAGCUCGCCUCUGAAUUGGAGAAUGCUCGCCUUUUCCGUUUGCUUUGCAAGUUUGGUUUCAUCAAUGAACGGCCUGAAUUUGCUCGCGAUCCUCGAUGGAGCGAGACUGGCGACCGGUACAUUAUCAAGCUCUUUAGGGAUUAUGUCUUCCACCAAGUCGACGAGCACGGCAAACCCGUGGUUAAUAUGACACAUGUUCUUACCUGCUUGAAUAAGCUGGAUGCGGGCACGGAUGAACGCAUCAUGCUGGUGUCGAGGGACGAGCAAAGCGUACUGGUGGUGAGCUAUAAAGAGAUCAAGACCUACGUCGAUGCUGCGUUCAUGGAUCUGGCACGCAAAUGAUCAACCAUGAGCACCCCGCAAUGUCUCUACAUGACACGGACUACUACUGAAUCCUCUGCUCGUUUUGUUGUACCUAUCACCCGUCUACUACUCUUCGUUUCUUUAUUCGCUUUCGUUUGUUGCUAGUACUUGUCGUUGUAUAAUGCCGUUGCCGCUGUUGUUCGCUGUGGACAGAGAUGUAGGGUUGAGGGCUGUGAAGUUGUAGGGUCUUGUGAAUGCAAGGGAAAUGGAGCCGGGGGUCUGAGACUAGAGACCUGCCUUGCGGCGUUGGUGUAGGUAUGGCGAAAAUAGGUAGAAUUCUGAAAAAGACUGAGAAAUAGUAGCAAAAAUGCCAUCUU